CUGUGUCACAAUACCCAAACACGCUAUAGACACGCUAUCAGCUCAGCUAAAUAGGGCACUGACAAAAUGGACGGCUCUAUGAUCGUGGUCUCUCUCGUAAUCCUUCUAUUAUGUAAUGGUGCCCUGGCCCAACUCGGGACCGGUUUGACGUUUACGGUCACCCCCUCAGAGAUCACCAUGUGUGGAGCCGCCAAGACAAGCAGAAUCGAGUUCGACUGCAGGGUCACAGCGUCAGUCUCGGACGUAUUCAGCAUUGAAUUGGGGAGGAAGACGAUCGGGGGCGAUAACAGCCCUAUAGCCAGAAUUGUUGGUGCCCAGUACAACUCUCUCAUAGUGCUGGACAGGCGUCUAUCAUCUAAGUUGAUUCAAACCAAUUGGGGUAAAGGUCGCCUCUCAGUCAGACUCAACAACCCCGAGACUGCUGAUCUGCAGAACUAUUACUGCAGCGCCGCAUACAUGUCCGCGGCUCUGAGUUACAGUGAGGUCGUCAUUGACGUCCACGAUAAGACCUUGAGGACACAAGCUCCAGGCUGCACCAGAAGCAACAUCGACUGGGCGGUCCAACAAAAGGCUUUAACAAGCCAUGGUAAGGCCGGCAGAUGCGCGGAUGGGGCAGCUGACAGGUCCGAGGCUCUCGUCCUUAGUUACUGCAACGUCCCGGAUGUAGACCAAUGGCAUCCUGGUCUUAAGGUAGUAGACAUAUGCUGCAUGGUACCGGCCUACACCCCCGUUGCAACUUUUGUGUUUGGGCUAUACGUGGAGGACGAACAUAGCAUCUCGGGUGUCUUCCUCGGCUGCACGGAUCAAGGAUUUUCGAUGGCGGUUCAGCUUUGUGGACAUCCACCAAUGAUCGUCAACCUCACGAAGACGAACGCAGGGGGGUUCGUGGAGGAUGCCAAUAACUACCACGUGUUGCAGGUUCAGGGCUCGACUAUCGUCGGAUGAAGGACGUAUGAUAAAGUCCAAUAAAACACGGAAACUAA